AUGCAGCCGGUGCACCAUGGGCGGCUGUUAAGGCGUGAGGGGGUGCUUCAUCUGUGUCGGUUGCUGCUGCUUGCAGCGUGGGCAGCGGCGUGCAUUGCCGGUGCAUGGGGGCUGGCUGGGGACCACCGCGGCCUCAGAGACUGUACGGACAUCUUGGCAGCAGGAGUGGCUCUCACGCCCACCACCGACACACACACCGCACCUGCCACCUCCGUGCCCCCCUCCUCCACCGCCAACUCGAAUAGCACCUUCUUGAAUUUCACCUCCCCCACUGUAGAUGGCACCUCCCCCAACUCUACUGCCAGCAGCAGCAGGGCGGGCGAGUGGGGGCACCACCGGCGGUACGAGCGGCGGGCGGGGCAGUGCUGGAGCCGGGCGGAGCUGCCUUGCUAUGUGGGCAUCAGCAGGCACACACGGGUGCAGCAAGAGCAACAACAAAGCAAAGAAAGCACGGGGGACAUUUUUUCCCCCGAGGGAGCUGGGCAGAACGAACAGCAGCAGCAUGGGAUGUCGGAGCAGCUGCAGGUGAAGCUGCGGCAGUACCACACGUACCGCCGCGAGUGCCUCCACCGCGAGCCCCUCCACCACCUGCGCUCCACCCUGCUCGCCGGCAAGCCCACCGCCUGCCGCUACCUUGUCUUCUACCACCCGUCUGACGGCCAGGGCAACCGCCUCAUCUCCCUCGUCUCCGCCUUUGCCUACGCGCUGCUGACCGAUCGGAUCUUCCUGUUGAGCUCUAAGAGUGGGCCCGCUGCCGUGCUGUGCGAACCGUUUGAGCACGGCGAGUCGUGGGUGCUGUUUGGGCGCGAGGAGAAGUUGGAGGAGCAUCAUGCGCAGGUGCUGGCGCUGAAGGUGGCGAGGGAGUGGAGGGAGGUGAGGGAGGGGAGGGAGAAGAAGGGGAAGAAGGGAGGUGGGCGGAGGAGGCUGGUGGAAGCAGAAGGGGAGGACGAAAUACCACCAAUUCUAAAGGUGAACAUCUUUCACACAACCUCUCGAUCUGGGCAACUCUUUUUCUGCGAAUUCGAGCAGCAAUGGCUCUCCCGCACGCCCACGCUCCUCCUCUCCUCCAACCA